CUCGCCACCGUUGCCUGCCAGGAUGUAGUACACCACAAAGACACCUCUGGCCGUGUACUGGAAUAUUUGGCAGAAGUAGUACAGAAGGGCUGAGGUCAUACUUCCGGGUUGUCCUAGUUUAUCGAACCAAUAUGGCGCUGUGCAGGAGAAAGGCAAUAUCCUUGGCUUGCUACGCAGCACGCUUAGUGAAUACCACCGCCAGAACGCACAAUAAACUUGUAAGGCUGCCGUCAUUAAUCAGGAAGAACUGGAUUUCCUUAAGUGUCUGUGGUGGCCUAUGUGCAAUUCCUGUCGUGCAGGACAAAGUGUCCCAUGAAGUUUUAAUCCGUAGAGCAUCAUCUCUGGUGGCUGACAGUGCCAACACUUACCUGUCUCAAACCGCUUUUGCACUAGUGGACUCUCUCACUCAGUAUACCAAGGCAAUACACACACUCAUAACUCUUCACAAGCGCUAUGUGGAGAAUAUCAACAAACUAAAUCCUGCUGAAGAAGAUGAAAUAUGGCAGGUUAUAGUUCGCCAGCGCCAAGAGCUCAUUGACCGAAGGGAAGACUGCAAACAGUUUGAAACAAUCUGGAUGAUUGCAAGCAAUCUAUCACAGGUGGCUGCAGAAGCAGCUUUUAAUGCAGGAGCAGACCAAGCUUCAGUCACAACCCAGACUAACCUACAGAUGGCACAGUCCCAUGUAAAACAGGCUCAGCAGUGCUCACUUGAGGCAGAGUGGGAGCUGAAAAACAGCAAAGCUGAGGACAGCAAGAGGCUCCAGAGUGUUCUCCCUAAAGCAAUGGGAGAAGAGGAAAUUCCAGAGGCAUAUCUGAGAGAGGACUAGUGAAGAGUUCAUAAAGACUUAUGCAGGACUACACCUCCACUGUUUCAGUACUAAGAGUUGCUUGUCUGGCUAGAAAAAAAAAAAAAUCAAAUAUAUAAUUAUUUUUAUUCAUUCAUUUAUUUAUUUAUCUCCCUCCCCCCCAUUGUAUUUUUAAGUGGUAUAUUUACAAUCAGCCACAAAAGCAAGAAAGUUCAAGUUAGACAUGUUGGUAAAUGUAAAAAGCAUUAUCACACUUUUAUGUACACUUUUUUGGGUGCGGAGGGGGGAGGGCAGUUAGAGGGGUGAGGGUAAUUUCAGUAAUGUCAUGUAGUUUAGAUCCCUUAAUUAUUGAGAGUCCACACUGAGUCCUUCUUAUAAUGUUUAACUGAUCCUUCACUCCUGCUUACACAUCAUACAUAUGUCUGAAUUAUGUAGACCUGUUUGCUGUGGAUAAAUCUUGUGAUUAUGUACAUAUAAAGGAAAAUACAAUGUUACUUAAUAUAAACUAAAAUCACUUUAAAACUAUAGUUGGUACAUUUUAGCAUGGUGUGUGUGUGAGAUGGACAUUGGUUACAAAAAUUUACUGAUUAUAGCUUAAAUGAAAAUUGUAAUUGUUUGAGUUUCUCCUAACACAUUUUUUUUUCUAUUGACCUGUUGUGUGAGUUCUAUGCUUACUGCGAAGCUUAAUGGGACUUGCAGUAAAAGAUUAAUAUAA